GCCACUGUCGCCCAGGACGGGCGUAGCUGUCAAAUUUUCGAAAAUAUAUUCUAAUUCUAGUGUUUUAUUACGAACUAUUAAAAUUUAACACUUGGUAAAUGUCGUGGCAAAUAUAAAUAUCAAGUAUUUUCCGAAAAAACUUGGUAUUUUUGGUGUUUUUGUGAGUGGGAAAAUGUCUACAUUUGUGCUGUUUUUCUUUAUGGUUAUAAGUGGCGUUGUUUUCGCAAAUCCUGAUGCUAAGAGAUUGUAUGAUGACUUGUUAAGCAACUACAAUAGACUAAUUCGACCUGUUGAUAAGAAUAACAACACAGUGCUUGUCAAACUGGGUCUCCGUCUAUCGCAGCUAAUUGACCUGAAUCUAAAAGACCAGAUCCUUACGACAAACGUUUGGCUCGAACACGAAUGGGAGGACCACAAAUUUAAAUGGGACCCUCUGGAAUACGGCGGUGUGAAGGAGCUUUAUGUGCCUUCCGAGCACAUUUGGCUCCCAGAUAUCGUUCUGUAUAACAACGCCGACGGAGAGUACGUAGUGACGACCAUGACGAAAGCAGUUCUCCACCACACCGGCAAAGUGCUGUGGACUCCGCCCGCCAUCUUCAAGUCCUCUUGCGAGAUCGACGUGCGAUACUUUCCCUUUGAUCAGCAAACUUGCUUCCUGAAGUUUGGAUCUUGGAGCUACGAUGGUGACCAGAUCGACUUGAAGCACAUAAACCAGAAGAAAGGUGACAUGGUAGAAGUAGGUAUCGACCUUCGCGAGUACUAUCCUUCCGUUGAGUGGGACAUCCUGGGAGUACCAGCCGAACGUCAUGAGAGGUACUAUCCCUGCUGCCAGGAACCAUAUCCAGAUAUUUUCUUCAAUAUCACGUUACGAAGAAAAACACUAUUUUACACCGUGAACCUGAUAGUACCUUGCGUUGGCAUCUCAUAUCUCUCUGUUCUUGUCUUCUACUUGCCAGCUGACUCCGGAGAAAAGAUCGCCUUGAGCAUAUCUAUCCUGCUCUCGCAGACAAUGUUCUUCCUCCUCAUAUCUGAGAUCAUUCCAUCAACAUCCCUUGCUUUACCGUUACUAGGUAAAUAUCUUCUAUUCACCAUGUUGCUAGUUGGUCUGUCUGUGGUUAUAACCAUAGUAAUCCUGAACGUACACUACCGUAAGCCAAGCACUCAUCAAAUGGCUCCAUGGGUGAGGAAGUUCUUCAUAACAAAACUGCCAAAGUUACUCCUAAUGAGAGUCCCAAAGGACUUGUUAAGAGACUUGGCGGCGCAGAAGAUAGCUGGGAGGAGUAUGAAGAAGAAUAAGUUUAAGGACGCAUUGGCUGCUGAUCAGACAAACUCUAAUGCUUCAAGCCCGGAUUCUUUGCGUCAUCACUUGCCUGGUGGAUGCAAUGGGCUGCAUUCAACAACGGCUACAAAUAGGUUCAGCGGUCUAGUGGGCGCACUGGGCAGUCUUGGAGCAGGCUACAACGGCCUGCCAUCCGUCAUGUCGGGCCUGGACGACUCCCUCAGCGACAUCACCCCUCGCAAGAAGUAUCCCUUUGAGCUGGAGAAGGCUAUCCACAACGUCAUGUUUAUACAGCACCAUAUGCAACGGCAGGAUGAGUUUAAUGCGGAAGACCAAGACUGGGGCUUCGUGGCGAUGGUACUCGACCGCUUGUUCCUGUGGAUCUUCACCAUCGCAUCAAUAGUUGGAACUUUCGCCAUACUCUGUGAGGCCCCCUCUCUCUACGAUGACACCAAGCCCAUUGAUAUGGUCCUGUCUUCUGUGGCGCAGCAGCAGUUCUUGCCUGUGGAUAGCGGAGAGUCUUAAAUUAAGAAAAAAUAUUGGAUAAAACAUAUGAUAUGGAACGGUCUUACCGCAAAACAUUCAGCGAGUUUAACUAAUGACUAAAAUAUUGAUAGUUUUAGAAAACUGUCAGGUUUAAAAUAAACAUUUAACGCUUGUUUUAUUUUUAGUAGUAAGAUCGAAUGAGUCUAUAAAAAUGCUCAUACUGCCGCUAACAUAAUUUUGUAAACGCGGAUAGGGGUUUCCACUGUCCAUAAUGUUAUUUACACCCAGUUUCCGAAACGCUAGUUAAACCAUAGCCAAUACUGCCCAAAAAAAAAAGUACUUAGUAAGUAAUUUAAAUUUUAAGCUGCCACUUUAAAAAGUAAUCAUUUUUCCAUGGUUCCGCAAAGUAUAACCAAUCGUAAAAAAACAUUAUAAAUAUUUCAAUUAUUACUAUUGAAUCUUUGACCAAGCUAUGAUUUCUAACUAAUAGUUAACUAAUCUUCAAUAUUCAAUCUAUAUAAUCUGUCGAUAAUCUUCAGCAACUUAGUUAUUUGUCAAGAGUUGUAUGUAUCUUGUUCAACAACUUUGCUUAGUAUGUUAUUAUCGACAAAUUAAAGAUAGAUUGAAUAUUGAAACUCACCAUUAUCUUGGCUUGAUGAAACUGUAAGUAAUCCUUACCUUUUAACUUAUUUUGAAAUGUACUUACGACUAUUGUUUAAUGUAUAACUAAUUUGGUGACUAAACAGUGUUUUGGAAAUUGAGAGUUAGUAAGGAAGAUGUUAGAUAAUUUUGCAAAAUAUCUCGAAAUAAUAAUUAUAGACAAAUCUUUUUUAAUAUUUUGUUGUUAAACUACCUGCCAACACUUAUGAAAGCCAAAAAUUUCUGUGAUUUUAAGCUUUUAUCAAGUGACAAGUAAAGCAAUAACAAGUAAAUUCGCACACAUUAUUGAAAUUACAGCAAAAUAAGGACUUUUUUUAUAUUAUAUUUUAGACUUUAGAGAAAGUUUUGAAAUACUAUCUAAUUCAUGUAAGUUUUAUUGUACAGAAUCUAGAACGCUAGUUAAGUUAGGGACGAUUUUUCAAUCGCCAAAUAAUAUUUAUCGGAGGAAUAAAACAUAAUGACUGAUUUGUAUU